UAAACCCCAAAAACCUAAAUACGCCAUGACCAUGUUCGUCUCGCUCCCUCUGAAAUGAACCGCCACAAGCGAUGGCCUUUGAGGCCUCUCGCGCGUGCUCUCGCACGCUCCCGUUUCAGCUCCUCUUCCCUCUCUCCGGCAGCGGCGGAGACGGCGGAGACAUCGAGCGCGUCGGCGGCGGCUUUUCCGUUGAAGCACGUGACGAGGUCGAACUUCGAGACGACGCUGUCGGAUCUGCGGUCGCACGUUCAUGCGGCGGAUUUCGUGGCGAUCGACCUGGAGAUGACCGGCGUGACGAGUGCUCCGUGGCGCGAAUCCUUGGAGUUCGACCGCUUCGACGUCCGGUACCUCAAAGUCAAAGACUCCGCCGAGAAAUUCGCCGUCGUUCAGUUCGGCGUCUGUCCCUUCCGAUGGGACUCUCUCUCUCACUCCUUCGUCGCCUACCCGCACAAUUUCUUCGUAUUUCCUCGUCAAGAGCUCACAUUUGAUCCGCCAGCUCAUGAAUUUCUCUGCCAAACGACAUCCAUGGAUUUCCUGGCCAAGUACCAAUUUGAUUUCAACGCCUGCGUACAUGAAGGAAUAUCUUAUUUGUCCAGACUACAAGAGGAAGAGGCCACUAAGCGUCUGGAAAUGCAAUACGAGGAUGGGGACAUGGAUUCAGCAGUCGAAGCAAGAGAACUAAAGCUGGUAAGAAUGGCGGAUAUUCUUUUUGCCGAAAGAAUGAAGAACACCCUGAGUGAAUGGCGAUCUGCGCUGUUGCAUGGUGGAAAUACGAUGUCUCAGUCACUGAGGAGCUCGAAUGACUCAGCAGAGAGACUAGAAACCGUGUUCUACUUUAUGCGUCCAGCUCUCAGUCUGAAGGGUUUCACUUCUCAUCAGCUCAGAGUGAUUAAAUUGGUUGUAAGGAAGCAUUUUGGUGAUCUUGUUUACAUACAUAUGGAUAAUGAAAACUCCUGUUCUCAAGAUUUUGUUGUGUUUAGUGAUUCAGAAUCGGACAAGGAAAAUCUCAUGAAAGAGGCAAAGGAUGAACGAAAGAAAGUGGUAGAAGGAAAGAUAAAAUCUGCUAUUGGUUUUCGGCAUGUGAUUGACCUUCUUUCUUCAGAGCCAAAGUUGAUUGUUGGUCACAAUUGUUUCCUAGAUAUUGCACAUGUAUACAACAAAUUCGUGGGUCCUCUUCCUUCGACUGCUGAGGAAUUUGUAUCCUCGAUCAAUGAGUGCUUCCCUCACAUAAUUGACACUAAAGUACUCUUGAAUGUGAAUCAAAUGCUGCACCUGAAAAUGAAGAAAUGCAGCACUUCUUUGUCCUCUGCGUUUUCUUUGUUAUGUCCACAAACCGCAUUUUCUUUCGCUUCAAUAGGCUCUGACUUGGUUUCCCAGCAACGAGUCAGAAUCGAGGUUGAAGUGGACAAUGUCAGGUAUUCUAACUGGAGUUCUGGAGCAAAGCAUGAAGCUGGGUACGAUGCAUUCAUGACGGGUUGCAUAUUUGCGCAGGCAUGCAGUCAUCUAGGAGUGGAUUUCGGAGGUCAACGCUUGGCCCAGAACGAAACUCUACAGAACUACAUCAACCGUCUCUAUCUUAGUUGGACAAAUGGCGAUAUCAUCGACCUAAGCACGGGCCAGACAACUGCAGAGCAUCGGCUGAUUAACAGCGUCCCCAAACGAUUCUCCAAGAUCAAAUACGAGAACGUGGUUCUGAUAUGGGGUUUCCAGCCGAAACUCAAGGCAAGGGAGAUCAAAGAAUGCAUAUGCAAAGUCUUUGGCCCCACAUCAGUCACCUCGAUCUAUCACGUGGAUGACACUGCUGUUUUCGUCAUGUUCAAGAACCCAGAAUUCGUGUCGGACUUCCUGGAACUGAAGCAGCAACUGCAGAAAAACGACGGUCCUGUGGCUGUUCUGCACCCUCUCUCAAAGCUGCUCGAGGGAGGAAACACGUGUGCAGCUGAUUACGAAGUGUACAAGGAGGUGUGCAGCUCAUCCAUCUCGAAGACAUUGUUUGCGGAACAAGCUGAGGCUGUCGGUAUCAAUGGCGGGACAAGAAGUGUAAAGUCUGAUGCGGAAACAGAAAGAAGGCCAGAAGAAGAAGAAGAAGCGUCUGAUAAUAAUAAUAAUAAUAGUAAUGCAUCAGAUAGGGUUUGUGAAAGGGAAUACGAGGAUGGAAGGAGGAGGAGUUUAUGCAACUAACGUUUUCCUUGCAAUUGCAUACAUUAAACUGAAGAUUCCGAGAGAGGGUAUUGGAAAUUGCAAAUUUUUAUUACCAAAAGUGUUCGACUUUGAUGAAACAGGGGAAGAAGGAAGAUACAAGAUAUGAAACUGGUUGUGGUCGGAGUGGUGGCAGGUGGAAUGGAAGUGGUCGUGGAGGGCUUGCCAGGGGACGGGGAGGGUGAGGUCCAGGUGGUUGGGGUCGAGGGAGAGGGUCCGUAAGAGAGGAAUGAUGUGAUGAUGGAGGCCGCUGCGAGACAUUGAAUCCAUCACUUCUCCGACAGGAACCCUCUUGUUGAUGAGGCCGAGCUCUUCCAUCUCCCACGUUUCCUUUGCCACUCUGCAUCCUCUUCCCCUCCCCCUCCUCCAUUCUGACUCACCCGAUUCCAUGGUGUGUAACGGAACAACCUUCAAGGCACCGACGAUUAGUAUCUUGUUCUGUUUUAGUCUCUUCUUGAAUGCCUCUGUGGUUUGAACAGAAAUUCAAAGGCCCUUUGCUUUAUUUAUAGAGUUUUGGAAUCACCCCAAACCCUAUUCUGAUUUGGAUUAAGAAAUGCUAAUCCUUGCUGGAUGUUA